AUGGAUCUUCUAACCUUCGUCGCGUGGAUUCUGAUCGUCGGAUUCUUCUAUCUCCUAACCCUUCUCGCCCUGAAAUACAAGACAAUUCGAGUCGUCCUCGCCAUCAUUUUCUUCCUUCCAUUUGCUGUGAUGCUCGCAUUCUUCAUCUUCAGAAUCCCCCAACUUCAGAAGACUGAAGCACAUCGUCAGGAGUUCUUUGCCACGUGGAAAGUUGGAGGACACCGUGGAAGUGCACAUGGUGAUAUACCGGAGAAUAGUCUGGAAGCGUUUUCAGCAGUGAAGAAGGAAGGAGGACAGUUGGCUGAGAUGGAUAUUCAGAUUACAAAGGAUGGCGUUCCGGUGAUUUGUCAUGAUGCGAAUACAGUUCGUGUGACCGGAGUGGACAAGGAUAUCUCCUCAAUGAACAUCACCGAAUUCCGUGCCCUCCGAUUCCUCAACACCAACGUCUCGCUGCCAACGUUUGAAGAAGCCGUCGCUCAUUGUGUAGCCAAUAAUAUUAUGAUGAUUUGGGAUGUAAAGAAUGUCGAUGAGAAUCUUUUGAAACAAUUUGUAGUUCAAAUUAGAACCCAUAAUUUGUACUCGAAAGUUCUAGUAUCCGGAUUCAAUCCAAUCGAUGUCUAUAAGGUGAAAUUGGCGGACCCCAAGAUUUUGACAGGUAAGAAAACUGGAUCGAUUUUUUACAGUGUGCAAACUUUAAAGGCGCAUAACUUACAAUUUAUUGCAGGAUUCACAUGGAGAAGCUGGGAACUAAGCACCACUGACGAAUCUGCGACAAUUCCAAGAUUCACUGGAGCUCUGAAUGCGAUUGCUCAGGUUUUGGAUGUCCUGGUUUUUGGACUGGCCCGCAGUCUCCUAAUGCCCAAAUUCUUGGGAUCUGACGUCAUCUUUUAUCAUGUUAAUGAUAUCAGCAGAUUCCUGAAGUCCGACGCCGCCUCCAACAACAUCUACGUCGCCGGCUGGACGAGCAACAACGAUGAAGAGCAAGUCUGGCUCCGCGACUAUCUCAAUGUGCCAUUUAUCACGGAUAACGUUGGUACCGUACCCCAUUAG